CUAUGUGAAGCUAGCGCUGUGAGCGGACACAUACACAGUUCUCCGUCCGAGCAAGAGGAUUCACUUAUAUUUCCUUGCCUGAAAGCGAGCCGUUCCCACAAACAUUCACAAGUGUCAGAUUUGAUCAACAUGGCAACCAACACUGGAGAGAAAAGUUAUAGGUGUGAGGAGUGCAGCAAACAGUUCAGUCAGCUGGAUAAUCUAAAGAGACAUAUGAGGACACAUACGGGUGAGAAACCUUACAAAUGUGAGGAAUGUAGCAAACAGUUCAGUGAACUGAGUUCUUUGAAGAAGCAUAUGAGGACUCAUACUGGAGAAAAACCUUACAGAUGUGAGGAGUGCGGCAGGCAGUUUAGUGAGUCGGGUUCUCUGAAGAGGCAUAUGACGACUCAUACCGGAGAGAAGCCUUACAAAUGCGAGCAGUGCAGCAAACAGUUCAGUCAGUUGGGUGCUCUACGGACACACAUGCGUACUCAUACCGGUGAGAAGCCCUAUACGUGUGGCACGUGCAACAAACAGUUCCGUCAACUUGAUCAUCUGAACAGACACAUGCGUACUCAUACCGAUGAGAAACCGUACAAUUGCGAAAAGUGUAGCAAGCAGUUCAGUGACCCAAGUGAUCUGACGAAGCAUAUCAGGACCCAUACCGGAGAGAAACCUUAUCGCUGUGAGGAGUGCAGUAGGCAGUUUAGUGAGAUGGGUUCUCUGAAAAUGCAUAUGAGGACUCAUACUGGAGAAAAACCUUACAGUUGUGACAAAUGCAACAAACAUUUCAGUCGGUUGGGUUAUCUGAAGAUUCAUAUGAGGACACACACCGGUGAGAAACCCUACAGGUGUGAGGAGUGCAGCAAACAGUUUAGAACGCCAGGUCAUCUGAAGAGCCAUAUGAAGACUCACACCGGUGAGACACCUUACAGGUGUGAGGAGUGCGGCCGGCAAUUCAGCGAGCUUUACUCUGUGAGGAUUCACAUGCGAACUCACACCGGUGAGAAACCAUACAGAUGUGAGGAGUGCAGCAAACAGUUCUGUGAGCUGGGUUCUCUGAAGAGCCAUAUGAGGACUCACACCGGUGAGAAACCUUACAAAUGUGAGGAGUGCAGCAAACGAUUCUGUCAGCUGAAUUAUCUGAAAAGGCAUAUGCGGUAUCACACCGGUGAAAAGCAGUACGAAUGCGAACAGUGCAGCAAACAGUUCGUUGAGCUGGGUGCUCUGACGAGCCAUAUGAGGACUCAUACUGGAGAAAAACCUUACAGAUGUGAGGAGUGCAGCAAAGAAUUCAGCGAACUGUGCUCUCUAAAGAAGCAUACGAGGACGCACACUGGAGAGAAACCGUACAAAUGUGAACAUUGCAGCAAACAGUUUAGCACUCUGGGUUCUAUGAAGAUCCAUAUAAGAACGCAUACUGGAGAGAAACCUUACAGUUGUGAGGAGUGCAGCAAACAGUUCGGUGACCCGAGUACACUGAAGAAGCAUCUAAGGACUCAUACCGGUGAAAAACCUUACAAGUGUGAGGAGUGCAGCAGGCAGUUCAGUGACAUGAGUUCUCUGAGGCAGCAUAUGAGGACUCAUACUGGAGAGAAACCUUACAGAUGUGAGCAGUGCAGUAAACAGUUCAGUCAGGCGGGCGCUCUAAAGGUACAUACGCGAACUCAUACCGGUGAGAAGCCCUAUACGUGUGAUCACGAUGGGUGCAACAAACAGUUCAGUACGCUGGGUAAUUUAAAGGUACAUAUGAAGACACACCGGCGAGAAGCCGUACAGAUGUGAGGAG